AUAUGUUGCACUCAAUGACUCGGUCAAAAUCAAUAACACACAAAAAGCUCACAACUUUCCCUUUCCUCCAUUUAAAAAAGCUUCCGACUUUUCUUCCUCACCCACAAAAUUAAACUUUGUGUGUUCUCUCUCCCCACGAAAUAAGCAGAAACAUUGAUUCCUUUUGAAAACAGAGCCUUCAAAACAGAGAAGCUGGAGGAGGAACAAAGAAGAAGAUCGUAGAGGAGGAAGAUGGAGAGUUACCUGAACCAAAACUUCGAUGUGAAGGCGAAGCAUUCCUCUGAGGAAGCUCUCGAGAAAUGGCGCAACCUCUGCGGCGUCGUCAAGAAUCCCAAACGCCGUUUUCGCUUCACCGCUAAUCUCUCCAAACGUUAUGAAGCGGCUGCCAUGCGCCGCACCAACCAGGAGAAAUUGCGGAUCGCAGUUCUCGUCUCAAAAGCCGCCUUUCAAUUCAUCUCUGGUGUGGCUCCAAGCGACUACACCGUCCCCGAAGAAGUCAAAGCCGCAGGCUUUGACAUCUGCGCCGACGAGCUAGGCUCAAUGGUCGAAAGCCACGACGUGAAGAAAUUAAAGUUCCACGGUGGAGUCGACGGUCUCGCAGGCAAGCUCAAGGCAUCUCCCACCGAAGGACUCUCCACAGACGCUGCUCACUUAUCCCAAAGGCAAGACCUUUUCGGCAUCAACAAGUUCGCGGAGAGCGAGCUCAAAAGCUUCUGGGUGUUUGUAUGGGAGGCUCUUCAAGACAUGACGCUUAUGAUCCUCGGCGUCUGCGCGUUCGUGUCUUUGAUCGUUGGGAUAGCUACCGAAGGAUGGCCUAAAGGGUCCCACGACGGUUUAGGCAUCGUGGCGAGUAUUCUCUUGGUUGUGUUUGUUACCGCCACUAGUGAUUAUCGCCAGUCUUUGCAGUUUAGGGAUUUGGAUAAGGAGAAGAAGAAGAUCACUGUUCAGGUGACUAGGAGUGGGUUCAGACAGAAGCUGUCUAUCUACGACUUGCUUCCUGGUGACAUUGUUCAUCUAGCCAUUGGUGAUCAAGUCCCGGCUGAUGGACUCUUCUUGUCUGGAUUCUCUGUUGUGAUAGAUGAGUCUAGUUUGACCGGCGAGAGCGAGCCUGUGAUGGUGAACGCGCAGAACCCUUUCCUUUUGUCCGGGACCAAAGUGCAAGACGGGUCUUGUAAGAUGCUUAUCACAACAGUUGGGAUGAGGACUCAGUGGGGGAAGCUGAUGGCGACUCUGACCGAAGGAGGGGACGACGAAACUCCGCUGCAGGUGAAGCUCAACGGAGUUGCUACCAUCAUUGGCAAAAUAGGUCUCUUCUUCGCUGUGGUGACCUUCGCGGUUUUGGUGCAAGGGAUGUUCAUGAGGAAGCUCUCGACGGGGACUCACUGGAUAUGGUCUGGCGAUGAAGCCUUGGAGCUUCUUGAGUACUUUGCGAUCGCUGUGACGAUCGUUGUGGUUGCGGUUCCUGAAGGGUUGCCUUUGGCUGUGACGCUUAGCCUCGCCUUUGCCAUGAAGAAAAUGAUGAAUGAUAAGGCUCUUGUUAGGCACUUAGCAGCUUGUGAGACUAUGGGAUCCGCAACUACCAUUUGCAGCGACAAGACAGGUACGCUCACAACCAAUCACAUGACCGUUGUGAAGUCAUGCAUUUGCAUGAACGUGCAAGAUGUUGCAAACAAAGGGUCUAGCUUGCAGUCAGAGAUCCCUGAAUCUGCUCUGAAGCUAUUGAUUCAAUCCAUUUUCAACAACACCGGAGGCGAAGUAGUUGUGAACAAACACGGCAAGACCGAGAUCUUGGGGACGCCGACAGAGACAGCUAUCUUGGAGCUUGGACUGUCUCUUGGUGGUAACUUCCAAGAAGAGAGGAAGUCUUAUAAAGUAAUCAAAGUUGAGCCAUUCAACUCCACAAAGAAGAGAAUGGGAGUUGUGAUCGAACUUCCCGAAGGAGGAAGUCUCCGUGCUCACACCAAAGGAGCUUCAGAGAUAGUUCUUGCUGCUUGUGAUAAAGUUGUGAACUCGAGCGGUGAGGUUGUUCCGCUUGAUGAAGAAUCAAUCAAGUAUCUGAACGUUACUAUCAACGAGUUUGCUAAUGAAGCUCUCCGCACUCUUUGUCUUGCUUAUAUGGAUCUUGAGAACGGGUUUUCGCCGGAUGAAGCAAUCCCUGCUUCGGGGUUUACUUGUGUAGGGAUCGUUGGGAUCAAAGAUCCUGUUCGUCCUGGGGUUAAAGAAUCUGUUGAGCUUUGUCGCCGUGCUGGAAUCACUGUGAGAAUGGUUACGGGAGAUAACAUUAACACGGCUAAGGCAAUUGCAAGAGAAUGUGGGAUUCUUACGGAUGAUGGUAUAGCAAUUGAAGGUCCAGUGUUCAGAGAGAAGAGUCAAGAAGAGUUACUUGAACUGAUUCCAAAGAUUCAGGUGAUGGCUCGUUCUUCACCAAUGGAUAAACACACACUAGUGAAGCAGUUAAGGACAACGUUUGAUGAAGUUGUUGCUGUGACUGGAGAUGGAACAAACGAUGCACCUGCACUUCAUGAAGCUGACAUCGGAUUAGCAAUGGGAAUCGCCGGAACUGAAGUGGCCAAAGAGAGUGCUGAUGUGAUCAUUCUGGACGAUAAUUUCAGCACAAUCGUCACAGUUGCUAAAUGGGGACGUUCUGUUUACAUAAACAUCCAGAAGUUCGUUCAGUUUCAGCUCACGGUUAAUGUUGUUGCACUGAUUGUUAACUUCUCUUCAGCUUGCUUAACCGGGAGUGCUCCUUUAACUGCUGUUCAGUUGCUAUGGGUGAACAUGAUCAUGGACACACUUGGAGCUCUUGCUUUAGCUACAGAGCCACCGAACAACGAGCUGAUGAAACGCUUACCCGUUGGAAGGAGAGGAAACUUCAUCACCAAUGCCAUGUGGAGGAACAUUCUAGGACAGUCUGUGUAUCAGUUCAUAGUCAUUUGGUUUCUUCAGGCCAAAGGGAAGUCUAUGUUUGGUCUUGAUGGUCCUGACUCAACUCUCAUGUUAAACACUCUUAUCUUCAACUGUUUCGUCUUCUGUCAGGUGUUUAAUGAGAUAAGCUCACGAGAGAUGGAAGAGAUCGAUGUUUUCAAGGGAAUACUUGACAACUAUGUCUUUGUGGUUGUGAUCGGUGCAACGGUUUUCUUUCAGAUCAUAAUCAUUGAGUUCUUGGGCACAUUUGCAAGCACCACACCACUCACAAUAGUCCAAUGGAUCUUCAGCAUCAUCAUAGGUUUCUUGGGUAUGCCAAUAGCUGCAGGACUGAAGAUGAUUCCCGUCUGAUCCAUCCAUCAAAUUUAGCGCGAAAAUCGCUCUUUAAAGAGAGCUCUCUUUUCAUCUCUUAGAACAAUUUCUUCAAAAUUUUAGAACAGAAAGUAUUAUGACAAAGUUUUUGCCUUUUGCAAUAACUCUUGUUUUUUUCAUUAUUAAGGACAAGCAACUGAUUUAUGUUUUCUCUAUUUUUGUAAAACACACUGUUUCUUUGAAAUGACUAUCUUUGUUUCUUUUUGAAA